GGUUGCCGGGUAACGGUGGGCGCGCGUGGCGGCGAAAGAGACCUGUUAUCCUUGAAGAAUGGCAGAGGCAGUCUUCCGUGCUCCUAAGAGGAAAAGAAGAGUCUAUGAGAGUUACGAGUCACCACUGCCCAUCCCCUUUGGUCAGGACCAAGGUCCCAGGAAGGAAUUCCGAAUAUUCCAGGCUGAAAUGAUUAGCAACAAUGUGGUGGUGAGGGGCACAGAGGACAUGGAGCAGCUGUAUGGGAAGGGUUACUUUGGAAAGGGGAUUCUUUCCAGAAGCCGUCCAAACUUCACAAUCGCCAACCCCACGCUGGCUGCCAGAUGGAAAGGUGUGCAGACAGACAUGCCUAUAAUCACCUCAGAGAAGUAUCAGCAUCGGGUGGAAUGGGCCAGGGACUUCCUGCGUAGGCAGGGCCACGAUGAGAGCACUGUGCAGAAGAUCCUUACAGACUACACAGAGCCACUGGAGCUUCCUUGCAGAGAGGAGAAAGAAGAGACCCCACAGCACGAGCCACUGAGCUCCAAGGCCGACUCCUCCCUGGAAGGCAGAGUGGAAAAGGAUGAACUCCCCGUGACCCCUGGAGGUGCUGGACAGUCAGAUGACCUACCCGGUCUCGGCACACACUCAGACUGCCUGCAGGAGGGGCCUGGCCAUGCCACACUCGCUGCGGCUAGUCCAUCUAGCCAUAAUGGGCAUGUGGCAGAGGACCCCGAGGUUCUCCCCCAGGAAACCCUCGUUCCACAGGGUGGCCUUUGGCCUGAAGCCAGCAGCCAGGCCGCAGGAGAGAAAAGGGCUGCUCACGAGUAUGUGCUCAUAGAGGAAGAGCUGUGUGGUGCCCAGGAGGAGGAGGCGGCGGCGGCAUCAGACGAGAAGUUGCUGAAAAGGAAGAAACUUGUGUGCAGAAGAAAUCCAUACAGGAUCUUUGAGUAUCUGCAGCUCAGCCUAGAAGAGGCUUUCUUCCUGGCAUACGCCCUGGGAUGCCUAAGUAUUUACUAUGAGAAGGAGCCUCUGACAAUAGUGAAACUCUGGCAAGCCUUCACUGCAGUCCAGCCCACCUUCAGGACAACCUACAUGGCCUACCACUACUUCCGAAGUAAAGGCUGGGUGCCCAAAGUGGGGCUCAAGUAUGGAACAGAUCUGCGUGAGUAACUCUUGAGUGUGUGUGUGUGGCAGAUGUGAGGACAGGGUCAGCCCAGUUUGCUUGGGAGGUUGAGGUAGCUUUCUGUUCUGUUGGAUACCAUUGCUGGGUGUUUGGAUGGGAUGGGUUAAAUCCAGAGAAUGAGAAUGCCGUGUGUUGGGAAAGCCUACUGGCAGGUGCAGACUUUCCUAAUCAUAGCCUAUGUUCUAUGGCACCUGCUGCACAUCAGCCAUAAGCUUGUGUGAUUUCUGUCAGGUCUGUUUUCUUGCAGUUUCACUUGCCUCAGACUCGGAGUCCUGGAGUUAUGAUGAUAGUCAGCUGUUGUUUACUGAGCUCAUGCUGUCCGGCAUGGUGUUGUUCAUUCCUGUGACACUCCUCAUGGCAGCCUUUUGCUAUUCUGUAUGCCACUCUCGUUCCUUACUGCAGUGUAGAGAGGAAAGGCCAUGUACCCUCACUGGCUUCCAGUCUCUCUCAGGCUUUGGAUUCUAGCACAAGGCUCUUAGGCACUUCUGUGCGUUGCUGGCUCCUGCAGUGAUCCCCUCAGACUGUGAAAGGCUUGCUGGGCAGAGCAAACAGCACAGAGGCUGGGGCAGGACAUACUGAGCAGGUCUCAGGACAUACACAGAGGCAAGAAUAUGGAGAGCACUGGUCCCAAGGUACUCAGGCUGGGACCUGGUCCAGGAUGUUUGAGAUGAAAAGUCUUCAGAGUGCUAUCUUACAAGUGACUGAAGAGAACCAAAAUGGAGAAGAAACUUGCUGGUGAAGUGGGCCUGACAACCCACCAACAGAAUGGAUGCGGCACUUGUGCACAGAGGAACCAGGUGGCAUCUGAUGUCACCUCAGAUUCUUGAUGAAUUCAUCUGAUGUAGUACAGACUGAGAGUACUAAUCUGAAAUGCUUGGCCACAGAAGCAGUCUGGGUUUCAGGCACUUAUAGGAUGAGGUCUGCAGUGAGAAUUCUGAAAUAGUGCUUUCAUUUUAACCCCAGAUAGGAGGAUAUAGGGCUGCUUCAGACUGUCCACAGCAGCUGACUAUGAUUUGCCUCAUGCUGUAGCAGAGGUGUGAUUUUGCCAACUACAUAUAGUUUUUGCAGUUGUGUGACAUAUGGAAUUCUGGGAACUUGGGCAUAUAAAUACUAGAACCCCAAGAAAUGGAGUUGGUGGUUGGUAGUUGUUGUUGAGUGGGUGGGGAGGGUUGGUUGCAGUUUGUUAGUAGUCCUGCUCAAAGAAGGAACAAAAGGAAAGAAAUUAGAUUCAAGGAUCUCUCUCUCUCUCCCCCUCCUCUCUAUCCUUUUUCUCCUAUCCACUGAUAAUAGGGGGUAAAACCAGUAUUGGGGGGAUAAAGGGUAGAAAAAAUAAGAACCCACAAAGUAGCCUGGUUUUUUGUUUUUUGUUUUUGUUUUUCGAGACAGGGUUUCUCUGUAUAGCCCUGACUGUCCUGGAACUCACUCUGUAGACCAAGCUGGCCUCGAACUCAGAAACCCACCUAUCUCUGCCUCCCAAGUGCUGGGAUUAAAGGCGUGCACCACCACUGCCCAGCUUAGUAGCCUGUUCUUAAUACUCACCUUUUUAAUUGUUUUAUGCACAAGUAUAUCUUCAUACUGUGGAAGUUUCUACUGUGACAUAUCGGCACUCAGCAAGCUUGGAUUGGGGCAGAGGGGGAGCUUCAGCCUUGCAUGCCUGAGGCUGCACAUGAUCCCCAACGAGGAAGAAUUCAGAUCUUGGAGCCUCAGAGAUUAGUGAUGCUCUUCAUGAUUGAAGGAGGAGACAGGCAGUUCUGGGGAGCUGAAGCACCAUGGCAACUCUGGGGAGCUGUAAAUGUCAGGGGCCUGGGUUAGUAACCAUCUACCUUUGGGUUCCCCUCAGCUCUGGGGUCAUUCCUUAAUAAAUCACCAAACCCCAUGUCCACAUGGGCCAUAUGAAUGAGUGCUUCCUGGGUCUUUUCAGAAGUAUUUGUGAGGCUCAGCUAAAAAUUUUAAGGUAUUUGAGAGCCUCCAAAAGUUAUGGCUUUUGAGGUGUUAAGCAACCUUGUUGCAGCUUGUUCCAAAUGUCUCUAAGCCUUUUUAAAUAACCCAAAGAAAGUCAAUGCAGUUUUUAAAAUUCCUACACUGGGGCUGGAGAGAUGCCUCAGGUUCAGGGCACUGGCUGCUACACUUCCAGAGGACCUGAGUUUGAUUCCCAGCACCCACAAGGUGGAUAACAACCGUCUGUAACUCCAGUUUCAGGGAAUGUUACAUUCCUGUCUAGCCUCUGUUGGACACUGAGCACACAUGUGGUGCACAGAAAUGCAUGCAGGCAGAACACACACACACACUCACACUCUCACACACACAUAGUCAUACACUCACAAUUAGAAAAACAAUGAAUAAAAACUUUAUGCUCUAAA